UUUCGUAUUCAACGAACAAAAGUUUCUGUGCGUGAUUUCAAAAAACGAAACGGUUGGUGCCUACAAAUUUGACUAUUUUUUGCAGAUAAUUUGUAAAUUUAACUCAGGAAGCAGUAGCACAAUAAAUAGGCCGAUCAACAUAGGAUGGACGCAAGUAGCGGAAUCAACACCAGUAACGGAAAACCGCUUAAAUGUAACCAAAAUGUUCAAGUGUACCUUCGAGUUAGACCAACUAACGCACGGGAGAAACUGAUAAGGUCACAGGAGGUGGUCGAAGUUGUAUCGACUCGUGAAGUUUGCCUCAAGCCUAGCUUUCUCGAUACACGAACUAGCAAAAAGUUUACCUUUGAUCGAGCAUUCGAUACCAACUCGAAGCAGAACGAUGUCUACAAUGCAGUUGUGGCGCCGUACAUCGAGGAAGUUUUGGCCGGAUACAACUGUACGGUUUUUGCCUACGGACAAACUGGAACAGGAAAAACUUACACUAUGAUAGGGGAGGAACAGCCGGAACUAAGUUCGGGGUGGGAUGACGACACGAAAACCGGGAUCAUUCCAAGGGCAUUAAAUCAUCUGUUCGACGAACUGCGGAUGACGGAACUCGAAUUCUCUAUGCGUAUUUCCUAUUUGGAAUUGUACAACGAAGAACUUUGUGACCUGCUUUCAACGGACGAUACAGUCAAGAUUCGGAUUUACGAUGAUGUCAAUAAGAAAGGAUCCGUGAUUGUGCAAGGACUAGAAGAAAUUCCGGUUCACAGUAAAGAUGAUGUGUAUAAACUACUUGCCAAAGGCCAAGAGCGUCGUAGAACGGCAUCAACUCUCAUGAAUGCACAAUCGUCCCGGUCUCAUACCAUUUUUUCCAUUAUUGUUCACAUAAAAGAGAACGGUUUAGACGGAGACGAAAUGUUGAAGAUUGGCAAACUUAAUCUCGUCGAUUUAGCUGGAAGUGAAAACAUAAGUAAGGCCGGAAAUGAAAAAGGAAUACGUGCUCGCGAAACCGUUAACAUUAAUCAAUCGUUGCUGACCCUCGGUCGUGUCAUUACGGCGCUUGUUGAAAGAACUCCUCACAUUCCUUACCGGGAGUCGAAAUUGACCAGAUUGCUUCAGGAAUCCCUAGGAGGACGCACCAAAACAUCUAUUAUUGCUACCAUUUCCCCGGGUCAUAAAGAUUUCGAAGAAACGCUUAGUACGCUUGAGUAUGCCCAUCGUGCUAAGAACAUUCAAAAUAAACCUGAAGCGAAUCAGAAGCUUUCUAAGAAAACCGUUAUCAAAGAGUAUACUGAAGAAAUCGACCGCCUCAAACAGGAACUACAGGCCACGCGGGACAAGAAUGGUAUCUACCUUCCUCAGGAGACGUAUGCCGAUUUGAUGUAUAAAGCAGAAUCGACAACCAAGGAGCUAAACGACAAAGUGGUUCUCAUGAAGGUACUGAAAGAGGACCUGGCCAAGAAGGAAGCCAUCUUCAAAGAGGUUAGUCUGUGUCUGGUCGAAAAAGAGGAACUGCUACGUAAAACUGAAGACGAUUUAUCUAAUACCAAACACGAACUGAUAACUACCAAGAAAAACUUGAACAAAACUAAACGCCGGUAUGCGGAGAAAAAGGUGAUUCUCGACAGACAUGUCCGCACUGAGGAAACCCUGACAAAUCAAGCCAAAGAGCUUAUCGAAGUCGUGGAAGCCGUUGAGGUCGACGCUAAGGAUUUGCACGACACAAUAGAUCGAAGAAAAGAGGUAGACCUGAAAAACCAAUCCAUUACCGAGCAGUUUGUUCAGAAACUUAUGACCCGGGUUCAGACAAUGCAGGGUAACUUGACGAACUUGUCGCAAAACUGUCACCAGAUUACCGAUUCCGUUUCCGGCGAGUGGAAUGCCUUCGUUGCCAAACAGCAAACCCUGGAGCAAGAGUCCCGUUCCGUGAUUUCCAACGUUGAGAAGGUAUUCAAGAAUGCGAUGGACCAAACGGCAACGCUUGUGUCUACUUUCCAGCAGGAGCACUCCCAUUGGACAUCCGAACAGCAAAGCGCAGUUCAAGAUAUGGCAAAAGCAAUCGAACGCACGGUUGAUUCACUGCGAAAAACUAUAUCAAGCGAUAUCGAAACUCUUAAGAGCACGCAAGUUGAACAGCAAAAUUCCCAGAAGGAACUGCACGAGACCAUCAUGACUAUGUGUAGGAAAGUCGAUCAGCGGAAUGUUUUACAUUUUCAAAAUCAAAAGGCCGCACUAAGCGGAAUAAGGGAACUGGUGGAACAAUUCAUGACUAGCCGAAGUCGAAUAGCCCAAUUUGUUGAAGUAUCGAAGAAAGCUAAUGAAAAACGCGAAAAAAUGUUGAAGAAUUUCUAUGAAUCGAUGUGUAAUCAAAUAAAAGCGGAUAGAGAUGAGCUAGACAGGUUGAGCGUUGUUUGUCAGGAUGUAGAAACCACCACAAAUGCUGUGCAAACGGCGAUUACAGAGACAAGUACAAGUAUUGACGAAAACAUCAAUCACCAGCAAAAAGACACAAAAGAACUGGAAGAUCAAAACAAAUUGUACGAUGAAUGCAAAAAGGAACACCGAACUAUUGUCGAACAGUUUCUUCAGAAUAACCUCUUAAAGGCAACAGAAUCCGUUUGUGACGUUCUUAAAAAAUCUGCAAAUCGGCAGAUCGAAGUAUUGGAUGAUACUAAUAAAGAAUCACUAACUCGGUGGGAUAAAUUUAGCUGUUCAUUGCAAGAGAAAUCUUCGAAUUGCUCGAUCGAUCAUCAAAUUCAAAUCGCAAGUCUUCAGCAAACACUGGACCGAGAUCGCGUUGCACUGUCCGAGUUUCGUAGCUCAUCCGUUGCGAUGAAUAAACAACUACACCGCAAUACUAAUACGUAUCAAAAUCAAACGAAUGCCAAUUUGACCGAACUUUCACAGGACGUCGAUCGAUUUCUUCGGGAAGAAUUCACGCCAUAUCAACCGACUGGACAAACCCCGGUGCGCAAAACGAUCAAUUACCCCAAGGAUCUUGCUAUGACCUCACCCCACGAUCGAAUUGUUCGACGUUUCUGGCGUGAACGAGGGAUGUUGGAUAUGGACCUAUCGCAAACUAUUUGUGAGGACAACGAAGACAUAAGUGUUCUCUGUCGAAGCUUAAAUGGUGACGAGAUGAGAAAUUCUACGCCUUUAAGAAAUUCAGAUGACUACAAACGGUUGAAGGAUCUGCAGAUUUCGAACAUAAAUCAACUGUCAAAGAUCGGCGAUGAGGCGGAAUGCGAAGAGAACAAAGAAAAUAUGAUCGUCAUCAACGAAACAACGCUAGAAUAAGUUCAAAUAAGGUUUUCCCCUCUUGCCUACCUGAUUGUUGAUUCAAUCGAUUUCAAAGUAUUCCGUUGAUCCAGAUAUCUUAAGAUUGUUGCUGCUCCAUCUAGAUUCUCUAUUUAUGCUCUACAUGAACUCGACCGUUAGCUGUAGUACAAUUAGAACUUAAGUUCUUAAAAGAUAUUUGUAUGAGCACCCGAACCGUACGUAGUUAACAGUAACUGUAAAAUUUCAAAUUUCCCUGUAAAAGAUAAAAGCACGUAAUAUAAAAAUAUAUGUACCUAUCUCCA